AUGCCCAAACGAGAGUCUCUUACAGUACCAGCGACACCACCGCAGCACAAGCCUGAGGUGACGUCGGGAGACGACGGAUCGGAGCCGCUCUCGGCGACCGAAUCGGAUUCCAAAGAGCACCAUGAGUAUCCCUCUCUCUGGCAGGGGAUAAUCGUCAUGAUCGGACUCUGUUCGUCCUUACUCUGCGUCUCGUUGGAUCAAACCAUCCUCGCCACGGCGAUCCCCCGAAUUACAGAUGAGUUUCACUCCCUAGCGGAUGUGGGGUGGUAUGGGAGCUCGUAUCUAUUCGCGACGACUGCCAUGCAGAUGGUGUGGGGCAAGCUGUAUACAUUCUAUCCGGCAAAGUGGAUGUUCCUGGUAGGGAUUGCAAUCUUCGAGGCGGGAUCCUUGGUUUGUGCGCUAUCACGAACAUCUGCGAUCCUCAUUGUGGGGCGAAGUGUCUCAGGAAUGGGAGCCGGGAGUCUCAGCGCCGGGGCCAUUGUCAUCGUGACGAACACAAUCCCUUUGCGAAAACGGCCGAUCUACCUUGGUUUUAUCGGGUGCGUGCACACGGUGACAAGCGUUGCAGGACCAUUAUUAGGUGGGGUACUAACAGAUCACGCCUCAUGGCGCUGGUGUUUCUAUAUCAACCUCCCCUGUGGCGCCGUCAGCUUCGUAGCCAUCCUUUUCCUCCUAAAAUCCAACGCCGCCCCGGCGAGCCACCUGACUGCUAAGGAAAAAGUCCUGCACAUGGAUCUGAUCGGCUUAUUCUUUUUCAUCCCCGGCGUCAUCUCCUUCCUGUUAGCUCUCGAGUGGGGCGGGUCGCAGUAUGACUGGAACAACAAACGGAUCAUCGUCCUUUUCGUCGUCUCCAGCCUGCUCCUCCUUAUCUUCACAGGCGUGCAGGUGCGGCAGAAGGACCGCGCCACGCUACCCCCUCGCAUUAUCACCGAGCGCAACAUGCUAGGGGUGCUGUGCUACACUAUAUGCAACAGCGGGGCGUUGUUCGUCUUCACCUACUAUCUCCCAGUCUGGUUCCAAGCCAUCAAAGGCCUGUCCGCCACCAAAUCCGGCCUAAUGAGUCUACCCACCGAGCUAGGCGUCGUCGCAGCCUCACUAGCAGGAGGCGUUCUAGUCACGAUACUAGGAUACUACACGCCCUUUCUAAUAACCUCCUCCGCCAUCUCCAGCAUCGGCGCCGGACUCCUCAGCACACUCGUCCCGACCUCAGGCCUAGGCAAAUCCCUCGGCUACCAAGUCGUCAUGAGCGUGGGAAUCGGCCUGGGGUUCCAGAACGCGAUGCUUGUGCCGCAGGUGGCGCUCGCGCCCGAAGACACCAUCAUGGCCAUCGCGACACUGUCCUUCGCGCACUCCUUUGCCAGCUCUAUUUCGCUGACUAUCGGCCAGACUGUCUUCCACAGUGGUCUGGUGCGCCAUCUGCGCGAGAUGGCCCCGUCUGUUGACGCGGGGCUUGUGCGCGAGGGCGCGACGCAGUUGAGGGAGCGUGUUUCGGGCGAUAUGCUGGAGCCUGUGCUAAGGGCUUAUAGUUUGGCUGUUACGCAGACGUUUUAUGUUGGGCUGGCGAUGUGUCUUUUGUCGCUGUUGGGGUCUGCUUCGUUGCAGUGGUUGCCAGUGCGGGAGCGGAUGGAUGGGGAGAAGGCGGGGGAGGAUGGGGAUGAGAGUGGUGGGCGGAGUGUACCGGGUCAUUAUCGUGAUAGUUGA